CAAAAUGUUAAUUGAGCGUCUCUAGGCCAAACGGACGGUAUAAAACGUACCUUCCGACCAGUGGUCAGUAUCAGUCUUCUGUCCGUCUUCAGUCGUACAUCUACACAUCCAUUAUUCUCCGAAGAAACUCAAGUCCACCCACCAACAAAAUCAUCAUGCAAUUCCAAGUAUCUUUCGCUCUACUCGCCAUGGUCGUUUGCUUCGCCGCCGCCGAAACCAAGACAUCGUCAUCGACUCAAUCAGAUGCCGACCGAAGCAAAAGAGAAGUACUCGCUCCGCUGGUCGCUUCGCCUUAUGUGGCCCCAACAUACGCCGCACGUUACGUAGCUGCAUCUCCUUACGUGGCCGCAUCGCCUUACGUGGCCGCAUCACCUUACGUAGCCGCACGGUACGCAGCCACCCCAUAUUCUGCUGCAGUGGCUUCGCCAUUCUUCUCCUCUUACUCCGCUUAUUCCGGCUACCCAUAUGUGGCCAAGACCUUGGCUUCCCCGUACACAGCUGCUUACUACGUAUAAGAGAACCUUUAGAUCAGCCACCCGAACCAUGUUACCGACCUCAAAUGGCUUGGAUAAGACGAGCACUUAUUUUUGUUUAAUUUAUAUUUAUAGUAGUAAUAUUAUCUUGUACGAUGAUAUUUUAUAAAACUCUUUAAAAAAAAAACGGUGAAAAAAUAUUUCUAUAAACCUACUCGAAAUUGUUGUAUGUUUAUGCGAAUAAAAAUUGAAUUUAUCAAAUAAUAA